CAUCGUUGCUGCUGCAAUAGGUUUCUUCGUGAUUCGAAGAUUCAGAUUCAAUCCAGAAAACAAUGAAAUCGAUACUUCGUCUUUGUCUCCAUCAUCACCACCAUCUUCUUUAUCUUCUAGGUCUUUGUCUACUUCAUCAACUCCAUCUGCUUUGUCUCCUUCAUCGGCUUCUCCAUCUUCUUCCUCUCAUGUCUGGAUGUACGAUGUCUUUCCGAGCUUCCGUGGGGAAGAUGUCCGCUACAACUUUCUCAGUCACAUUAAAAAGGAGUUUGAAAGGAAGACAAUCACAUUUUUCAACGAUAAUGGGAUCGAGAGAGGAGAAUCCAUCGCUCCUGAACUCAUACAGGGGAUUAGAGGAUCUAAGAUUGCGAUCGUCUUGCUCUCUAAGAACUAUGCUUCUUCAAAGUGGUGUCUUGAGGAGUUGGUGGAGAUUAUGAAGUGCAGGGAGGAGCUUGGUCAAACUGUGAUUGCUAUUUUCUACAAAGUAGAUCCAUCUGACGUAAAGAAGCUGACCGGAGACUUUGGGGAGGUUUUCAGAAAGACUUGUAAGGGUAAAGCUAAGGAGGAGAUUAGGAGGUGGGAACAAGCUUUGGAGAAGGUGGCCGUAAUAGCUGGUUACCAUUUAUCCAACUGGGAUGAUGAAGCUACCGUGAUCGAGGAUAUAUCCACAUAUGUUUUAAACAAGCUGGUUAAUUCUCCACAACCGAGUCAUUUCGACAAUCUAGUUGGGAUGAGUACUCAUAUGGAAAAUCUGGAACUGUUGUUAAGCCUGGGCUCCAAGGAAGUGAGGAUGGUAGGGAUUUGGGGUCCUUCUGGAAUUGGUAAGAGCACCAUCGCCAGAGUUCUAUUCAACCAACACUCUCAUCAGUUCCAAUUUAGUGUCUUUAUGGAGAACAUUAAAAGACUUUGGCCCAGACCUUAUUACGAUGAGUACAGUGUGAAACUGCAACUACAAGAAGAGUUCCUGUCCCGGGUAAUCAACCAAAAAGAUAUCAAGAUUCAGCAAUUAGGAGUUGUGGAAGACAGGUUAAAGGACAAGAGAGUGCUUGCCAUUCUUGAUGACGUGGAUCAUUUGUUGCAAAUAGAAGCCAUAGCUAAAGAAGCUCGGUGGUUUGGUCCUGGAAGUUGGAUAAUCAUCACAACACAAGAUAAAAGGCUUUUAUAUGCACAUGGAAUUAACCAGAUUUACGAGGUGGAGCUUCCACCUGACGAAGAGGCUCUUGAAAUUUUCUGCAUGAAUGCUUUUUGUCAAAAAUCUCCACCUGAUGGCUUCAAGGAACUUGCCUGGGAAGUUACAAGACUUGCAGGUAAGCUCCCUUUGGGACUGAGGGUUAUGGGAUCUCAUUUCAAAGGAAGGCCCAAGCAUGAAUGGGAAGAGGGACUACCAAGGUUAAGAACUAGACUUAAUGGAGAAAUUGAAAAUACUUUAAAGUUCAGUUAUGAUGCCUUAUGCGAUGACGAUCAAGCUAUAUUUCUUCACUUAGCAUGCUUUCUCAAACACGAUUGGCUUGAAACCGUGGAAAGGUGUCUUGAAAAGAAUUUUGUUGGUGUGAAAGGUUGUCUUCGUGUUUUAGCUGAGAAAUCUUUCAUUUCCGCGGAGUGGGGAUAUAUACAGAUGCAUGAUUUGCUAGCACUUUUGGGUAGAGAAAUUGUUCGUAAACAAUCCAUUCAUGAACCUGGGCAGCGCCAGUUUUUGGUUGAUGCUGGAGAUAUAUGCCAAGUACUACGUGAUGAUACACUAGGUAGUCGAAAUGUUAUAGGCAUAGAUUUGGACCUUUCAAAGUUGUUGGAGACGGGGUUGAAGAUAAGUGACAGAGUUUUUAAAAGAAUGCCCAAUGUCCAAUUCUUAAGAGUGAAAUAUCACAGUAAGCCAUAUCCUCACAGCAUAGAUCCCGUGACAUGUCUGCCCUCAAAUCUAAGAAUUUUGGAUUGGGAUUCUUUUCCGAUGACAUGCCUGCCUUCUAAUUUUAAUCCGGAGUUCCUGGUGGAAAUAGUCUUGACUAAAAGCAACUUCCUUGAGAAAUUGUGGGAAGGAAAUAAAACGAUUAGAAAUCUUAAAUUGAUGAAUUUGUCGAACUCCAAAAAUCUAAAGGAGCUUCCCGAUCUCUCAACUGCCACUAAUCUGCAAACAUUGGAUCUUUCUGGUUGCUCAAGUCUAACUGAGCUCCCCUUUUCUAUUGGAAAUGCUAUCAAUCUCCGAUAUUUGGAUCUUACAAAUUGCUCAAGUCUAGUGGAGUUCCCCUCUUCUAUGGAAAAUGUCACUACUCUCGAGGAAUUGUUUCUCAAGGAUUGCUCAAGUUUGGUGGAGCUUCCAUCUUCUGUUAGAAAUUCCCUUAAUCUCAAGGUUUUUACUUGUAGUGGUUGCUCAAAUCUUGUGGAGCUCCCUCUGCAUAUUGAUAAUGCCAAUGAUCGCAAGAGAUUGGAUCUUAGUGGAUGCUCAAGUCUACGGGAGCUCCCCUCUUCUAUUGGGAAUAUGACUAAUCUCAUGGAGUUGGAUCUGAGAGGAUGCUCAAGUCUACGGGAGCUCCCCUCUUCUAUUGGGAAUAUAACUAAUCUUGAAAAGUUGUAUCUCAAUGGAUGCUCAAGCCUUGUAGAGCUCUCCUCUUCUAUUGGGAAUAUGACUAAUCUCAUGAAGUUGUAUCUUUAUGGAUGCUCAAGUCUACGGGAGCUCCCCUCUUCUAUUGGGAAUAUAACUAGUCUUGAGGAGUUGGAUCUCUAUGGAUGCUCAAGUCUUGUUGAGCUCCCUUCUUCUAUUGGAAAUAUGACUAAUCUUGAAGAGUUGAAUCUUAUUGGAUGCUCAAGUCUUGUUGAGCUCCCCUCUUCAAUUGGGAAUAUGAGUAGUCUCAUGAAGUUGUAUCCGAGAGAAUGCUCAAGUCUGGUAGAGUUUCCCUCUACCAUUGGGAAUAUGACUAGUCGUAAGGAGUUGAAUCUUAAUGGAUGCUCAAGUCUUGUAGAGCUCCCCGCUUCCAUUGGGAAUAUGACUAGUCUUGAAGAAUUGAAUCUUAAUGGAUGCUCAAGUCUUGUGAAGCUCCCCUCUUCCGUUGGGGAUAUGAGUAAUCUCAGGAAGUUGUAUCUCGAAAGUUGCUCAAACCUAACGGUCCUUCCGAUCAAUAUCAACAUGAAAUCUCUUGAUGAACUUGUUCUCACUGACUGCUCGUCAUUGAAAAGCUUUCCAGAGAUUUCCACAAACAUCAGAGUUCUAAAGCUCAGUGGAACUGCAAUAGAAGAAUUGCCUCCAUCAAUCAUGUCAUGGCCUCAUCUUCGUGAACUUGUAAUCAAGGGAUGCUUGAAGCUGGUGUCUCUUCCGCAGCUUCCGGACUCCUUAGAAUUCCUAGUCGCAGACAAUUGUGGGUCCCUCGAAAGACUCGAUUGCUCUUUUAACAAGAAAAAAUUUCAUGCGCUCAGAUUUGUCAACUGCUUUAAACUGAAUCAAGAAGCAAGAGACCUUAUCAUCAACACAUCGACAAGAGACCUUACAAUUUUGCCCGGAGAAACAGUGCCUACAUAUUUCAGUUACCGAGCCACCGGGAGUUCCCUGUCAAUGACGUGGAAUGGAUUAGAUACAGAGCACUUUCCUACAUCCUUGAGAUUUAAAGCUUGCAUCUUGGUGGUUUAUAAGGGUGAAGUUGAUGCUUAUGAUUGGGGCUGUCCUGAAAUAUGUUGUUGCAUCACGGACGAACUCAAUGGUGUUAAACAUUAUUCUCAUAGAUGGGUCAAAUGGCCUCCAACUUCAGGGGAGCAUCUGUUCGUAUUUGAAAUUGAAGACGCUGUGAGUGCCCCCGAGUUAGUCUUUGAGUUCGAAUACGGCCAAGAAAAUUGGGAGAUUAAAGAAUGUUGGAUACAUCCUCUGGAAACCUUGGCUCCCUCGUGUUAAUGGAACCUGUGAAAAACAAAUCACAUUUUCACUAAAUAACUUCUCUUUAGAAAACCUUACUUUCAAGUUGAUGAGCAUCUUUUGCUCUAUUUUCUCUAUUUGUAUGCAUAUGUCGGGUUUGAGUACGAAACAAAUGUGUCGGCAUAUAUAUGUAAUGCAUGUAUGUGCAUAAUUAUUCAUAAUAAUGAUGCAAUUCCUUUUA